UUGGCGGAGAGUUAGACGAGUUGUCGAGCUGGGCAACGGUGGCAGCGGGGCGCGGAGCUGGGUGCGCGCCGAGCUUCUGUCUCCCGCCGCCUCCUCGCCUCCAUUCCUCGCUCCCCGUCUUCCCCGGGCCAAGCCGCCGCUGCCGCUGCUGCGGCCGCCUCCCUGGGAACCGUAGCUGGUGGAGGGGGCCUGGCGCGGCUGAAGCCCGCUGGGAGGUGCAGGACUCCCGGGCGUAGGGGAGCGCGCCGGGCCCUGCCCGGGAUCAGAUAACAGCCGGCGGGGGAGGGGGUGGACCGGCCGCGCUCACAGCGGGACUGAGGGACCGACGCCAGCUGCGCCGGCCCGAGCGAGCGCCCAGCGGCCGGGGGCGCCGUCCAGGCGCGCGCCCCCGACCCGUGGCUAGACCCCGGCAAUCCGCGCCGGGGACUGACGCGCCCCUCGGCAUGGAGCACCCCCGGGGGCUGCCCUGAGGCGGCGGCGGCGGCGGCGGCGGCGAUGCAGCCAGCGCAGCGGCUACCGGGGCCAGGAACGGCCACCCGGAGCUCGGAGGACGCGGAGCGCGCCGCGCCCGGACUACUGACCGAGGAUCUUCUAGUGACUGGGUCUUCCCUAGCUGGUGCCUGGGAAAUGGCAGCCGCUGCUAAUUCAACCCUGAAGAGUGCCACUUGCCGGCUCAGCACCAUUACUUAGAAAAUAGAAUUCAAGAGGCCUCGAUCUGCUCAGAGCACUAACUGCAGCAGCCAUGACUCGAUGGACGUCCCUCAAGGCCUCCAGGCCACACAAACCUGCCCCUUGUGAUCUGGCGGCCUCCCGCCGGCGUCUGAGUGCCCCAACCCUGGCCACCUCCCCCUGGAGGGUCCAGGAAUCUGGGACUGAAUCAUCUCUCCAGAACAUCCCUGGGGGUCCCCACCCCUGCCGACUCCCUUCCUCCUGGUCCAGGCAGAAGCAGCAUCUACUAUUGUGGCCUCAGGCCUCAGCUCCUCAGACCCAUGGAGCCCCCUGGCCUGGAGGCAGCCUGGGGGCGGGUCAGGGCCCCCCCAACCCCGGGAUGACCGCGGCCAGCCGGGCCAACCCCUACAGUAUUGUGUCAUCAGAGGAGGACGGUCUGCACCUGGUCACCAUGUCGGGUGCCAACGGCUUUGGCAAUGGCAAAGUACACACGCGGCGCCGGUGCCGCAACCGCUUCGUCAAGAAGAAUGGCCAGUGCAACAUUGAGUUUGCCAACAUGGACGAGAAGUCGCAGCGCUACCUGGCUGACAUGUUCACCACCUGUGUGGACAUCCGCUGGCGCUACAUGCUGCUCAUCUUCUCACUAGCCUUCCUAGCUUCCUGGCUGCUGUUUGGCGUCAUCUUCUGGGUCAUUGCUGUCGCCCAUGGCGACCUGGAGCCAGCUGAGGGCCGUGGCCGCACUCCCUGUGUGCUGCAGGUGCAUGGCUUCAUGGCAGCCUUCCUCUUCUCCAUUGAGACACAGACCACCAUAGGCUACGGGCUGCGCUGCGUGACUGAGGAGUGCCCGGUGGCUGUCUUUAUGGUGGUGGCACAGUCCAUCGUGGGCUGUAUCAUUGACUCCUUCAUGAUUGGUGCCAUCAUGGCCAAGAUGGCACGUCCCAAGAAGCGGGCACAGACACUGCUCUUCAGCCACAAUGCUGUGGUGGCCCUGCGUGACGGCAAGCUCUGCCUCAUGUGGCGUGUGGGCAAUCUACGCAAGAGUCACAUCGUGGAGGCCCAUGUGCGGGCUCAGCUAAUUAAGCCCAGGGUCACAGAGGAGGGCGAGUACAUUCCGCUGGAUCAGAUUGACAUCGAUGUGGGUUUUGACAAGGGCCUGGACCGCAUCUUCCUGGUGUCACCCAUCACCAUCCUACAUGAAAUCGAUGAGGCCAGUCCACUGUUUGGCAUCAGCCGGCAGGACUUGGAGACAGAUGACUUUGAGAUCGUGGUCAUUCUGGAGGGCAUGGUGGAGGCCACAGCUAUGACCACUCAGGCCCGCAGCUCCUACCUAGCCAACGAGAUCCUGUGGGGCCACCGCUUCGAGCCAGUGCUCUUUGAAGAGAAGAAUCAGUAUAAGAUUGACUACUCCCACUUCCAUAAGACCUACGAGGUGCCCUCUACGCCCCGCUGUAGUGCCAAGGAACUGGUGGAGAACAAGUUCCUCUUGCCCAGCGCCAACUCCUUCUGCUACGAGAAUGAGUUGGCUUUUCUGAGCCGUGAUGAGGAGGAUGAGGUAGACGGAGACCAGGAUGGCCGUAGUCGAGACGGCCUCAGCCCCCAGCCCCGGCAUGACUUUGACAGGCUGCAGGCCGGUGGCAGUGCCCUUGAACAGCGGCCCUACAGAAGGGAGUCAGAGAUCUGAGCCACUUUUGGCCUAGGUGCAACACCCACCCCACCAGGGAGAGGCCCGGUGUCCUUGGAGGGCUCUGGGUUUGAGCAGAAUGGGCCAGGUGCCCCAGGUCGCAGACUCAAUAGUGUUUUAGUUGUUUUAUGUUUCUUCGCAAUAGUCUUGGAAGGUUGGUGGGAGAGUGAGCGGCCAGAAUGGGCAGCCCCCAGCCUCAGAGGCUGACCAGGCACAGGGGCAGGGAGGUGGCCUCCUUGGGGGACAGGCCAUAGGAGCCAGGGGCUCUGCCUGAAGAUGGAGCUGUAGCCUGCCUGGAAGUGGCUCAACAAUGGGUCCAGCCUCUGUGGUCAAAGGCUGGCAGGCUGCAGUGCACCUUGCUGGUUUUUAACUUGGGGGGAAACACCGGAUUUUGGCUUUCUCAAUCUUAGCUUGGGUAAGACUGUUUACAAAAAACAAAACAAAACAAAAAAACAAAAACAAAACCACAAAAAACAACAUGCAAUUGAAAAAAUUUUUUUUAAUUUGUGGGGAGGAAAAGGACAAUUAGAAUCCCAUUGGUCUGCCAGGAUGCAGGAAGCUGGAUGAAGACUCCAGAAGGUUCUCCAAGGCUGGAAUGGCCUCUCCCUGUGUGUGCAGGCCCCAGGCAAGCACAGUGCUCCAGGCUCAGUCUAUAGUGCUUAGGGGUGAAUUCAGGUCAUGUUUGUGAUAGAAGAAUCAUGUUAAUCAUCAAAUAAAAGCUUUCAAAAGUCAUUGGUGUGGGGUGGGGGGAGGUUGGGAAGAAGCUGGUUUGAGCAUUUUGAGCUUGACUUUGUACCUCAGAGGUGCAAUGUAGGGCUGGGUAUAGGACCAGCCCUUGAGGGUCCACAACCCCCACCUAUUCAUUUCUACCUGGGGAGCAUCCAUCCCUGGUACAGUGAGGGGCAAUUGGGAAAUAUCGGAGUGAACAGCUUCUUAUUGGGAAGCCAGAUUCCCACACUGAGAGGAAGUGGAUCAGUCUCCAUCCCCACUGGGCCCACAGUGUGAGUCGUGCCUUAGAGACUUCGGGUUGUCCCACUCGAGUUGUUUCUGUUUUUAUUGGACUUGCCUGUCCUCCCCUACUGUCCCUGACUCCACUUUCCUGACUGCCCACCCUCCCCACCUGGGGCUGGACAGGUGAGCCCAGGAAGGACCCCACCAGGCUGUGGUUGGCUGCUUCAUGGCAGAGAAAAGAGUUUAGGAAAGGAUAGGAAUUGUCAUCCUCUUUCCACCAACUGAGAUGACUGGGGAUGCCAUUUAAAACUAAUUUGAGAAAUUGGCCACCAAACAAAGAAAUCCUGCUCUGGCUUCAGGGGUCUGGGAUGGGGGCUCCUGCCUGUUCCCUCUUCAUCCUCCCUGAGGACCAGAGCAAUGAAGGGUCUAGACACUGGCUAAGUGCCUGGGGUGGGACGGGGGUCAGAGUCACUUCAGCUCCCGUGCCCGGAGGUUGGCCUGCUUCCAUGGGCCCUCAUCCUUCAUCAGGCAAAGGCCUGAGGCCCCCUUGUCACUAGCAUUGGUGCUGCCAGCCCUGUCUUGUUCUUAGAGCUGGCAGGGCCAGGCUAAAAUGGAGUGCCCUUCUUCUUGAGCUUCCCCAGGAUUGUGGAGGAAAGCUGUCCUCCCCAGACCAUGCCCCUCAGGAAGGCCAUAAUUAGAAAGUGGGUGUCUCCUCUGCCUGACUUCCCAGAUUGCUCCAACUGUGCCCCACAAGAUAGAUUGGAACCAAAAAGCACCAGGGACUCUUUGGCCCAAGUGGGGUGCAGUGGGUGGGGUGUAGGAGGCGGAGAAAGGUCUGGGGUGGGGGUUCCUGCCUCUUCUCUUCACUUUCUCCCUGAGGACCAGGACCUGGACACUGGCUAUCAAUUCUUUGCAAGGUGCCUGGGGCAGGGGGCAGAGAUACCCAGUGCCCCCCACACAGAGGCACUCCACCCUAACCUCAGACCUUACCCUAAUUUCUGGCCUAGAAGCUUCAGCCCCAGACCAUUUUUUCCUCUCAGGAUCUGCUGGAGGGACCUCAGCUCCUUCUAGGCUUCUGGGCUUGGCCCCUAGUCUGGCUUUUCUGGCCUUAGCCUUGGGGAUCUUGAGGGUGAAGUUGGCAUGAGAGUGCUUGGUUCUCACUCACUCCUGCAGCUUUCCAGACUGAGACAUGGGAAGGACAAGGGUGGCCCCUGGGCACUGGGCGCCCAUAUAGGGUCUGUGCCCUGCUCUGUCCUUCCAGUGCCAGGGACCUGGCCUUCUACUCCCUGCAUCCAGAGCAUAACCCAGGGUCUCUGUGUCCCCCAUGGCUUGCUCUCCAGCCAUCCCUGAGACCUGGUCAUCUGCCUCUUAGGCCCGUCCUGCUAGGCCCACACUGGGCCUGAAUGGUCCAGCCUCCAGCCCCUGCGGGAGAGCAGCCCAGUGCUGUCUUUCAUCUCACCAAAGGCAGGCAGAUCUGUGUUUUCAAAUGCUUCUGUCCUCUUUUUCCCCCUUCCCUGUAUUUAUUUAUUUAUUUAUUUAUUGCUUGUGCUAAAGACCAAAAUAGUCCCCUCUUUAGUGCGGGAGGCAGGAUGUGGGGAGCCAUGUACGUGUGUAGGGUCGGGGAGACUGGCCCCCUGGGGAGUGUGUGGGGAAGGGAGGCAUGUGAGUGCAUGUGCAUGUGUGGGAGUGUGUACAUGUGUGCACGACUGUCUCCACGUGUGUCUCUGGAUUGACAAUAUGGAUAUGUUGGUGUGUGCGUGUGUCUACCCACAGGUGCGUGUGCAUAUUUUCCAUGUGGGGCUGGUUUCAUGCUGAGGCUGGUUGCACACUGAUCUGAUUGAACACUGACCUCAGAUGUUGGUACAAUCCAACCUGAUAGUUCCCGACUCUCUACCCUGAUUAUACAGUCUGUGGAUGGGCGUGUGUGCCAUUGCGAGGCAUCUGAAGGCGAGCAUCUGUACCUGGAUUAUGUGUUGGAGGCCGUGGGUGUGUUUGUCCAUGUGAACACAUGUACAUGUGUGUGUGUGGUUGUGUGUGGGUCCUGGGAUGUGUGUGUAUGUGUCAGUGGGGUGGUGCAUCCAUGUGCAGCCUGUGGUUGCUGCUCAGAACACAGGAAGCCACCCCCAAAAUCCUGCUGGUGCUGUGCCGCCCAGUCCCCACCCAACCAAGGGUCCUGGGGGCGGCGGGAAGGAGCCACCGUCAGGAGGCCCCUGUAUGGGGUGUCUGCCCUGCGUGAGGUCAUAGAAUGUCAAAUCUAUUUUAAAUGGUGAAACCGGAGAAUUUUCAUGUUAUUUUCAAUACAUAGCGGUAUCUAAAGAUGUAGGCAAUGAGACUAGAUCACAUUAAAUGCAUUUUGAUCUCUUUGAGUGCCACUGUGUUGAGAUGUGUGUCUGACUGUCCCCUGCCUGGCUGCACUGAGUGCUGGGCAUUUGCUACUUCCUCAAUACCUGCCUGAGGGGCCACAGGGCUCCCAGAGCCCAUUUUCAGGGUUGUGGGUGGGACGUGGCAGCACUAGGGUGAAAGGACAGAACGCAGCCUUCUUGCAUUCUUUCCCAUGGACAUCACACCUCCUGGCAGCUGCUCAUUCUCCCCACCCU